UUUGUUUGAAAAAAUCUAAAACCCUAAAAACAACACUACAGAAUUUUGUGUAAACAAAAAUACAGAGAAAGCAACAAUGGCGAUUUUAGGGCUCUCAAAUCCAGCAGAAUUAGCUUCUUCUCCUUCUUCUUCCUUAGCUUUUUCCCACAGGCUACAUUCUUCCUUCAUUCCUAAACAAUGCUUCUUCACCGGAGUUCGCCAGAAAAGUUUUUGCCGGCCUCAACGUUUCAGCAUUUCAAGUUCAUUUACUCCGAUGGAUUCUGCUAAGAUUAAGGUCGUCGGAGUCGGUGGAGGUGGAAACAAUGCCGUUAACCGUAUGAUUGGUAGUGGCUUACAGGGUGUUGACUUCUAUGCUAUAAACACGGAUGCUCAAGCACUGGUACAGUCUGCUGCCGAGAACCCACUUCAAAUUGGAGAACUUCUGACUCGUGGGCUUGGUACUGGUGGCAAUCCUCUUUUAGGGGAACAGGCAGCGGAGGAGUCAAAGGAAGCUAUUGCAAAUUCUCUAAAAGGUUCAGAUAUGGUUUUCAUAACAGCAGGAAUGGGUGGAGGUACAGGAUCUGGUGCGGCUCCUGUUGUGGCUCAAAUAGCAAAAGAAGCAGGUUAUUUGACUGUUGGUGUUGUUACAUAUCCAUUCAGCUUUGAAGGACGUAAAAGAUCUGUGCAGGCUCUGGAAGCAAUUGAAAAACUUCAGAGAAAUGUUGACACUCUUAUAGUAAUUCCCAAUGAUCGUCUACUAGAUAUUGCUGAUGAGCAGACACCACUUCAAGAUGCUUUCCUUCUUGCAGAUGAUGUAUUACGUCAAGGUGUCCAAGGAAUAUCUGAUAUAAUCACUAUUCCUGGGCUUGUGAAUGUGGAUUUUGCCGAUGUAAAGGCAGUGAUGAAAGACUCUGGAACUGCUAUGCUCGGAGUGGGGGUUUCAUCAAGCAAGAACCGAGCUGAAGAAGCAGCCGAACAAGCAACUCUGGCCCCUCUAAUUGGGUCGUCAAUUCAAUCUGCAACUGGGGUAGUAUAUAACAUUACAGGAGGAAAAGACAUAACUUUGCAAGAAGUGAAUAGGGUGUCCCAGGUUGUUACCAGUCUGGCUGACCCCUCUGCUAACAUCAUAUUUGGUGCUGUUGUUGAUGAGCGUUACAAUGGUGAAAUACAUGUGACAAUAAUUGCAACUGGUUUCACCCAGUCGUUUCAGAAGACGCUUCUAUCUGACCCACGAGGAGCAAAGCUACUUGAGAAGGGCUCUGGAAUCAAAGAAAGCAUGUCAUCACCUGUUACCCUGAGAUCAUCAAACUCACCUUCAACAACCUCACGGACACCUACUCGAAGGCUGUUCUUUUAGCUCCUUUAUAUUGUUUUUUUUACAGCUUCAUUACUCUCCCUUUUAGUUUCUUCCUUUGUAUUUAACAUGUUUUGCUGAAGGGAACUGAUUGGUGUUUGCAUGUGGCUGUAGAGAUGGUGAUUAUUCUUUAUCAGAUGCAUACUCAGCU